GGCAUUGAUGAAUCAUUCGUUUAUUCAUUGAUCAGCCGGACAGGAAUGCAAACGGGAUCGGCAAUUCGCCAUGACUUUUUCAUUGGACUUUCCUUGACAUCUAUACUCUCCAGCAUGCUAUUCACAAAAACUUGAAACCGUUCUGGCAGAUCGUCAGUGCUUAGUGAACAUGAUGUUGCAAAAUACCCUGCUGGCUGCUUGAUAUGGCAUAUUGCAACCGUGUGUGCAACUUGCAUUCCAGUCUGAGAUACAGCUGUAAUGGUGAAGCAUACAUUCAUACGUUUCUUAUUGUACAUCAAAGCGCCAUCACUCGAGUAAUCCAGAUCAUGUUUGAGAGACGCAAAUCCUUCAAGCUGCAAAACAAAUAUAGUUUUGCGGCGGAGAGCAAGUGAAUGACCAGACUUUGGAAGUGGCGUGACUUGCAGCUUGAAUUCGAGUGGUUGGAGAGAGUUGAAAAAAAACUUUGGAGUUGGUCGAAGAAAAAACAUUGAGUUCAGAGCGGCUGAUACUGAAUUAUUGACUGGUACUGCUUGCAAGCGUGCUAAAAAGCGAUUGAUUUUUUUGCCAAUGCUUGAUUGCUCAUGAACCUCUCGUAAUUGGUAAAGUCGACUAACAAGGCUUGAGUGAAAGUUUUCAGGACCAUUGGUGUGAAGUGAGCAUGAAUCAGCAAGUGCUUGAACAAUGGUUCUAUAGGUAUUU